AUGAUGGCACAGCAGACCAAGCCGGUUAAUUUUUUGUUGCAGGAUCCAAAGCCAGGUCAAACGCAAAUUUUUCAUGUAUUAAACACAUCAACAGGUGCGCGAACACCAUUACCUGCCGGAGUGACCACGAUGAAAACCAUCGUUGCAAAGGAUAUAAACAUCACCGGUAUGGCAAACAAUGUACAGGAUGUAGUGGGAAUCACUUCGGAAAAUGUCGGAAUUGUAGGAACAGCCAGCACUGUCAAUACUGCGACAGUUGUUGGUGCCCAGAGUUUUACAAUGCCUGUGGUGCGCAAACUUUCUCCCGGACAAAAAAUAAUUCCUAUUGCCAAGCACAAACUAUUUCUUCCCACAUCGGCAUCUAACAAAAACGUGAAUGGAAAAGUUGUUAUUUCGCCAAAAUUGUAUAAGGUUAUCUCGACGACUUCAUCGCAUUCCGUCAGUAGAAAUUUAACCUUUUCUUCUCCAGCCAGCAACUCUGCUGUAACGGCAGUUUCAGCGAAUAACGUAACUUUUGCUAAAACGUUAGGUAUCGCCACCACUAAUGCAAUUCCAUCUACUUCGGUAAUGACGAAACCACCAACACUUAACAAUGGUCGGUAUAGCAGCAAAACGUCAUCAGUUAUAAACAAUUCGUCAAAUACAAUCAGUGAAAUAAUAUCUGUUGGGAAUAAAGGCAUCAGCAACGGAACUGUUACCAAAAGUUACAAUGAAAGCGGCAGUGAUGGUGCAUCCUUCCCUCAGCAGGUUUCUUGUGCUUCUGGUAUGCCUGUGGUGGUAAAUACCUUACAAUCGAAUCACAACAAUAAAGAGCAUUCUCAGCAGCAAUUGCAUUCAUACAGCAAAAAAACUUCCCCGAGUCAGAUACAUACGCCUGCGUCUCGUCGCCAGAAAACAGAUAAAGCAGGUCGUGGUCUGCGUCACUUUUCAAUGAAGGUAUGUGAGAAGGUGAAAGCUAAAGGCACUACGACUUACAAUGAGGUAGCCAAUGAAUUGGUCGCAGAGGAAACUCAAAACCAUCAUCCUGGUGUGGAUCCAGCAACUUAUGAUCAGAAAAAUAUUAGACGGCGCGUAUACGAUGCUCUGAACGUGUUAAUGGCCAUGAAAAUCAUUUCUAAGGAAAAAAAGGAAAUCCGUUGGCACGGCCUACCAACUAGCAACACACUGCAUGAAUGCGAGGAGUUAGAAAAGGAAAAUGAAGAAGUCCGUCGCAGGAUUGAACUAAAACAGCAACAACUCCUUGAUCUGGUACAGCAACAUGUUGCGUUGAAGUCAUUAAUCGCACGGAAUAAAUCAAACGAGGAACGUGGUUUGGUGCCCAAUCCCAGUUCUGCCGUGCAGUUGCCAUUCAUUAUUGUAAAUACCGACCGAAAAAACAACAUUAAUUGCAACAUUUCGAACGACAAAUCGGAAUAUUCUUUCAAAUUCGAAGACUCUUUCGAGAUUCACGAUGAUGUGCAAAUUUUAAAACGUAUUGGAUUAUCAUUAGGUUUGGAAAAGGGACAGUACUCGGAAGCAGAUCUCAAAAAAAUAAAAUCGAUGGUUCCAAAAUCUGUAGAGAAGUAUAUUGACGCGUAUGGUCUCGGGUUCGAGCACGACGAUAUGGAUGACUGGGAAAUGAGCUCAUUGUACAACGGUGCAGACAAUGAUGACAGCUUAUCAACUCAGGACAUGCUCGGUUUCAAUGAUACUACGAACGACAUGCUCGAUGAUGACAUGAAAUUCGAAGAUGACGAGGAUGACUAA